GGGUUGCGCUACAUGAACCUCAACCGAUUUUUUCUUUCAAAAUUCUAAAAGAAAUUCCUUUGGAACGUUGACCGCUUGAAAGUAACCGAAUAAUUCGCACUCUAGAAAUUUCCGCUGAAAAAAAGUCAGAAAAACUUCAACAAAUCGCUUUCACUUUACAACCUUGGCCAAAAAGAUGCAUCACUUCCUGUGAAAGCCGGGAAAACAACUGUCCGCACUUGUCAUCUGACCCUGAAAACAAAUUAAAAGUGAAACGCUGCUGCCCACAAUGACCUGUUUUCUCUCAACAAUAGGCCUGUGAGUGAGUCUCAGGCUGCUCUUUUUGAAUGGGAUUAUGAUCCCUCUGUGUCUGACGUCCUGGGAGUUCCAGGAGCUGCGGAUGAAUUCCGCACGAAGGCGCUGAGGCUCCAGUCAGACUGACGCCGCGGCUCUCGCUCGAUCCAAACACACGCGCUGUACACCUCCAGUCGGCGAGAGAUUCAGCGUUCGGCUGUUUCGCGGAAUUACCCGACUACGCGGAUCGUUUUUCGAGUCGUCACAUUAAGCAAAAAACAAAGUGAGGUUGAUGGGAAGGAUGUGUAUGCGCGUUUGCGGGGGAGUUAUGUGAUUAAGCCUAUCUCAGCACUCAGACUGCCAGACGCCAGUUUCAUAAGGACACACUGCCUUUGAGAACAGAGGAGCAGAUGAAUUCACCCUCAACUGAUCUUCCUGCCUGCCUGUGCCUAUUUGAAACCAAAAUAAAAACGGCUGACUGCCUGACGAAAAAUCACUGUAAGGGGGUUUAUUCUAUACUCGCCUGUAUCUUGUCUGUAAAGAAAUAAACUGAGGCUCCUGGGUUGGAGUGAUUUAAAACAGAUCUGCCCCAAGCUUUGAGAAAAAUCUAGUCCCUGGUGUCGCCCCAUCGCAUGAUGCACUCCACCACAUCCAUCACGUCCCUCUUCUCCUUCACCAGUCCAGCUGUGAAAAGGCUGCUGGGCUGGAAACAAGGAGACGAGGAGGAAAAGUGGGCGGAAAAGGCUGUGGAUUCCCUCGUAAAGAAGCUCAAGAAGAAGAAAGGGGCCAUGGAGGAACUGGAAAAGGCUCUGAGCUCUCCUGGCCAGCCCAGUAAAUGCGUUACCAUCCCUCGAUCCCUGGAUGGAAGGCUCCAGGUGUCCCAUCGUAAAGGUCUGCCGCAUGUUAUCUACUGCAGAGUGUGGCGCUGGCCGGAUCUUCAGUCCCACCAUGAGCUCAAAGCGCUGGACUGCUGCGAGUUUCCUUUCGGCUCUAAACAAAAGGAGAUUUGCAUCAAUCCAUAUCAUUACCGCCGUGUGGAGACGCCAGUUCUACCUCCAGUCCUUGUGCCACGUCACAGUGAGUUCAAUCCCCAGCACAGCUUGUUGGCAAAGUUCCGGAAUGCUUCCCUACACAACGAGCCUCUCAUGCCCCAAAAUGCCACUUACCCAGACUCCUUCCCUGUGAUGCCCUGUAGCUCAUUCUCUUCAUCUCCCUCCAGCUCUUUAAACCAGUCCCCGAUUGCACACAGCUACCCCAACUCCCCCAGCAGUGCGACCGACCCUGGGAGCCCCUACCAAAUUACAGCAGAGACACCUCCACCCCCCUACAGUAUGAUGGAGACCACUCCAUCUGAGGAUGUGAAACCUGGAGAGUCCUCCAACACCAAUAAACUCAUUCUGUCAGCCCCACAUAGAGACUUGAGGCCAGUGUGUUAUGAGGAACCAGAAUACUGGUGUUCAGUGGCGUAUUAUGAACUAAACAACAGGGUGGGUGAGACGUUCCAUGCCUCUUCCAGGAGCAUCCUCGUGGACGGCUUCACAGACCCCUCCAACAACAAGAACCGCUUCUGCCUCGGAUUACUAUCCAACGUCAACCGAAACUCCACCAUUGAACACACUCGCAGACACAUAAGCAAAGGUGUGCACUUGUAUUACGUCGGAGGGGAGGUGUACGCAGAGUGUCUGAGUGACAGCAGUAUUUUCAUACAGAGUCGGAACUGUAACUACCAGCACGGUUUCCAUCCCACCACUGUCUGCAAGAUCCCGAGUGGAUGCAGCCUGAAGAUCUUCAACAACCAGCUGUUUUCCCAGCUGCUGUCUCAGUCGGUAAAUCAUGGCUUCGAGGUGGUGUAUGAACUUACCAAGAUGUGCACCAUCAGGAUGAGCUUUGUCAAGGGCUGGGGAGCGGAAUACCACCGUCAGGACGUCACCAGCACCCCCUGCUGGAUAGAAAUCCACCUGCACGGGCCACUGCAGUGGCUAGACAAAGUUCUGACCCAGAUGGGCUCCCCACACAAUCCUAUUUCCUCUGUAUCCUAAUGCAUUACAGAACAAGGGGAAUAUAGUUCUCCAAUAGACAUUUAUAGCACUCCUCAAGACACAUAACGCUCUUUCUCUUAUGAAAGUAUCUUUUCAGUGAAUGUUUAUGGUACUGCUAUAGGAUCAGCCAGGAAAUGUGUACAAUAUCAUGCUGUUAAAUAAGCAAUGGUUAGAUAAGCGUUGCAUUGUUUUUAAUUAAAAAAUAAAUAAAUAAAUAAAUAUAUAUAUAUAUAUAAACACUACUACUUCACAGUAUGUAGUAGCUGAGAUCAAUUCAGACAGAAUCUCUCUAAUAGGAAGCCAAAGAAAUGUGUUAGUAGUUAGGUACUUGUUCUGGAAAUGUUUUAUUUGUGUCAUAUUUUGGUUAAUAUGUGCCUUCUAUAACAUUUCAAGUUGUUUUUCAUUUGCGUUAGCUUUCUUGAUCUUGAAAUACAAAAACCUCCCUUCUAUUUGUGCCUGUUUAUUUUCUAACCUAAACGCAAAUGUGAAAAAGUUGAACAAUCCUUAAGUAUUAAUGCUUUUAAAGCUGAAAACUGCAGGUUAUCAAUUUUCACAAGAUCAAUAAAACUUCAUUUGAUCGCUCUUAGCAACUUACUGAGUUUACUCCAUGUUUAAAAUAACAAAGCUGAUUGAACAAUUGUGUGUGUACGCUGUUACUUCCAGCUACACGGUCAAGUUGUGGCAAAAAACUGUAGCUU